UAUCAGUAUCUUGGGAAGGCUGUUUUGCUUUCAAUGCUCCCAUGCUCUGCUUUCUACCAACGCCGGAGAAGCAUUUAGAAGGCUGGCCCUUAAGGAGUACAAUUUGAUUCCUCUUAUUACCGUUAUGUCAAAAGAAAUCCUGUAUGAAGACAAACAUGGUGACAUUUUUAGCUUUUGGGAAUAUGUCGUAAAAGGCAGAAAAGUUUCUGCUAGUGCCCAUAUAAAUUUUUAAGAAAUGCCAUGACAAAUGUCUGCUUGGUGCUCUGAAAUUGCAUGGAUGUUGUGUGUGUGUGUGUAUAUAUAUAUAUAUUAUAUAUAUAUAUAUAUAUAUGAUAACAGGGCAUGUGAAAUGGAGAAAAUAAUGGGCGUCAGUGCCUGGAAUUUCCUCUGUUCACAAAGCAUCACUCUUUUUACCAGGAAAAGUAUGGGCUUGAAGAGGUGUAUAGAAUCUGUGAAUUUGUUCCUUACAGUUUCUAGAGAAGUAUAAUCUCAUUUUUAAUGUCAAAUCCACGAAGGUCUUGUCACUUUUGCGUUCCUUUUCCCCCAUUGAAACCAGCAUUUGGUAUAUUUUCCUGCUACACAGGGGAAUAUCAAGGAAGAGUAUGUGAUCCUAGAACUUGUCAAUUUCUUUUGCUACAGCACUGGUGGGAUCAACCUCUGAGAGACAGAGAUGAGCGUGUUGUGAGAAAAGGGGUACAAGUUAAUGGCUGCAAUUGGAGCACGUAGUUGUCUCUCUCUAUGUUCCCUUUCUUCCAUCUGCCGGUUCUCCAUACAGCCAUCUUCUGUCAUCCCUAUUUAACACACCUUCAGUGGUCCCCAUAUCUUCACACAAAUACCUACCUUUCCUCACACCCAUGAAGAUUACCUUUGUAAAAAAUGAUAAUUUUACUAGAUAUGACACUUGGAAAACCCCACAUGUUUUGUUCUUUUGGUUAAACUCAACUUACCUACAAAACAUAGCAUCAUUUUGUUCCCUCAAAUCAGAAUAUCAAGUACAUUUUUCCUUGCACAGCCAUUUCUUGCGUUGAUCCUGUAAGGUUCUAGCCCAGCAAUCUCAUCAGUCUCGGUACCUUCUGGAUUGCUGGGUAAGUCUCUUUUACCCAUAUUUCUCACUUCAUUCGUGUAUCAUGACUCAGAAUCCAAAACAUCUAGCUAGCUUCAAACUUUGCAUGAAUUUCAAAAAAUCAUCUAGCACCAAACAAAAAGUGUUUAAACCUUUUACACUUCUAACCCCUCAAUUGUUAUUAUAUUAUAUCCCAAGUUUUCCAUGAUCCACUUCUUUACAGGGAGAAAACUCAACCACAACUUUCCCAUUAUUUGUUAUUAUAUAUCUGCAGACCCACACAGUCAUUCUCUUGACUCUUUCCUAUCAAAUGUCAAUUGCUCAAAAAGAAUAAAACAGGCAGCGCAACACAUGGGGUCUGUAAACAGAGUUUUACUCAAGAUUUGUCACCACUUAAUUGGGGAAAAGCCGUCGAGCCAUGUUGGGGUUUGUUUGUAGAGGUUACAAAGAAAGAGCAAGUUAUGAU